GGGACACCUUUCGUCCCGAUCGGCGGGGGCGAAAAGUCAUCGUUUCCUCUCAGAUGUUCCCUGAUCACCUGGCUGCUGCCGACAUCCAGCUUUGAAUCCGGCCCAUCCAAACUAUCCAUGUCGCCUGUGAGAGUGGCGGAGCUUUUGUUUGCGCUCACUCUUAGAGAACCGUGUGUCAUGCUGCAGGGCGACAAAUCAAGACACGACCCCGAGCUGGACACGUCUGUUCAUGAAGCAGUUUAUCUGAAGUCAACAUUUGAUUACAGACAUGAGCACAGCAAUCAGGCAUCUCAUCCUUUGAAUGAGGGGGCGACGCCAAACAAUCCACACAUUUCAGCAGUGUUCGAUUUCCUAAUCAAACAUAUUUUAACGUUGUCAGAGUUGAUUGACUCACAGGUAACUUCUCUCCGGCCAUUUGAAAAGUGGAUCAUUUAUAAUCUAAGUAAUCAAUAAUCAGAUGUUUGGUGGAACCAGUUAGAAAAAAAUCUGCCUUUUAUUUUAUAUGCUCAUGUUGUUGUUUUUCUGCUAUUUGUAGGUAUCUUUAAAAUCUACACUUGAACUUAGUAGGCUUUCUUUAGCAUAAACAUAAUAUAUUUUUCUCAGAAAUGUGCUUUAUUUAUUCAUUGGUAAAAUUAUCAUAGCAUUUUUGGGGGGGAUUGUUUUCCGUUUCAUAUAUUCUAUCUGUGUUAGGCAAUGGAUUUAAAUAUUUUGAUUUCCUUAUCCUUGUUGAAAAAUUCCCCCCAAAAAUUCAGCUAAAUACCAUCAAAUGAGCAAAGUUGUGGAAGCUAAAUGUUGUUUUUUUUUCAGAUGCCCGGUCGUGAUUAUUUGAGUUGUCUCUCUUGUGUCCUGGCCAAACUGCUGUAUUUUUUAGACAACAAGGGCCAGGCCUCUGUAGACAUUCUGAAAGUGUUCAAGAAAGUUUUGGAUCACUUGACCACAGCCACCAAGGCCAAGAUCACUAGGGAUGGACUCAGGGGCCUCAUGAGUACUUUCAACAAUCUGUGCGCAAUGGUCACCUGGGACGACAGCUCCAACCGGAAGCUCUUCUGGAUAGCAGAGGUCAUCAGAGCUUCUAUCCCAGCUGCCUUCCUUGAGAUGGCCAUUGAAAUUACUUCUGGCCAAGUAAGAAUAUGAAAAAAAAUACUGUUGUGGUAUUUAUUUGCCCAGAUGAUUUUUUAAAUUAUUAUAGAUUCAUUUUCAUUGUGUUUAUUUGAUACAUUUUAAAAGUGGGAGAAAGAGAGGGAAAAGAACCCUAUUUAGUAUUGCGCAGUUAUAUCCAAAUGUGCAUUUAACACUGUUAAAAACUGACGGGCUGGUUUAACAACCAAUUGAUUAGAGCUCUUUUUUUGUGUGUGUAAAAAUAAGUAGUUCAUUAAAACAAGUAGAUACUUCACUAUACUUUGUUUUGAAUGGAACAUUUUCUUCAUUAUUUGAAACUAUCUAAUUAUCAGCCCUUUAAUAAUUCUCAAUUAACAAAAACACUCUUAUUCCCUGAAGUUUAAGAAAUUGAGCAUAAACCUGAUUUUAUUGUUGUAACUUUGUAUUGCAUAAAAUAGGAAGAAUCAUUUUUUUUUGUUUAAUGUCAUUUAUUUAAGCUGCAUUGUGACAAAAGAAGGGACCCACCAAAACAUCGGCAUCGGAGGCAUCGUCCAUUUGAUGAUGACAGUCCGCAGGAAUCAACUAGUAGACAUGAAUUUGAUUCAUUCAACAGCAGCAGUAACAUCAUGGACGUUGAGUUUGAAAGUGACAACAAUAUGAUGGACUUGGAUGACACAAAAGCCAGC